UAGAUGCUUUUGCACUGAGUUGAGUGCAGGACUGAGACAUGGACACAGGUAGGACUGUCCUUAUAAACGUUAAUUUUGUUUCCCCUUUUCAAGCUUGUUUUCCUUUUAAUCUGGAUAUUAAGAGUGAUGGAUUUGACAGAACUGCAUUGAUUAGAUGUCUUUGGGAAGUUACUCCCUGAUCACUAGGUUGACUAGCUGCUUUUCUUUAUGAAAUUUGAGCUAAAUGUGAUAAAAUAAGACUGAAACUAUUAUUUGAUUCCACAAACACAUUGGCAAAAUCAUGAUUAACACAACAUAUCGAGAGCAAAGGGUCUUUUUUUACAGACUUUUCUACUGUGAGGCUUCUGUAUGCAUUCUGAGGAGUUGACCCUUGCUGAGGACAGACAUAAGACUUUUUUUUUUUGCUACAACCAUUUUCUGAAAUAAUCUGCAGCCACAUUUUAUGCAAAAAGAUUUUGUAAACAUCUUCAGAACUUCAUCAACCCAAAUUAAAGAUUACGAGCUACUGAGUUUGGAUACACUCUGCACGUCACUCUGCUGCUAUAAUGUUGUCUCCUGAUGUUGAUCCUGGAACUGAUUACACUGGUGAAUUAGAUUUACUGUGGAUUAAAGUCAACAGCAGCCAGAGACGGCAACUCACUAAAUGUUCAACAUGAGGUUAGAAGAAAUGUUAUGGACUUUUUUACUCACUGGCUUGGGUUUCCAUUAUGCCAGUACUAACAUUGUGGACUUAAAUGAACAGUCAAACGUUGAACAGCAUGAUCCUCGACCAACAACAAUCACAGGAUCCAAGGAAAACCUUCCAAAGAAGAACACCCGGACUCCCAGGGACGUACCAGACAUGCAGAUGGAGACAAACUGGAAUGUACCUGACAUAAACCAGGGCACCUAUGAAGAUGCUGACUGGCAUCCUUCUAAUUCAAUCCUGGAAACACAUUCUGACCUGAACCCUGAUGCCCCAAGAGUCAUACAGAUUGACGGUGUUGGUGGGGUUGGUGGUGGCACCAUCCAAACUUUAAACCAGACACAGUGCGGUGAGUACAGCAGCCAGCUGAUGCCUAAUGGACAGUGUCGGCUAAUGGCAACUCUGCCUCGUGUAGGAGCAACAGAAAAACGUUGCCCGGACAUGUUUCGCUGCACAGAUGAGAUUUCCUUCUGGCUUCAAGAGAACCAGAACAGAAAGGAGCAGCUUGAGGAGCUGAGGGAGACAAUGUCUGAGCUGCAGGAGGAGGUGAGGAACCACCGACAUCGAGUCAAGGCUUUGGAGAUGCAGGGUGAAGACAGCGUCAGACUGAACUCAACCUUGGACCAUCGCUUGCAUUUCUUGGAGCUGCGUCAUGCAGAGGCCAACACUCUGCUCCAAGUGCACGCAGCGCUGCUGUACGAGCUGCAGACGCAGCUUCGCAACCUGUCAGCCACCAUGCAGCACAUGAGCCGCAACAGUGGCUGCACAAUCAAUGUGAUCAAGGCUAUGCCGCCUCUCGGGAUGAGAAACACUCUGGCACCAGGUGGACAGUACCUGUCCUACUGUCCAUCAGACUGCACAUCUCUGUAUCACAAUGGCGUUCGUCGUUCAGGAGUUUACACCAUUGUCAUGUCACCAGGAACCACAUUUCCUGUAUACUGUGACAUGGAGACAGAUGGCGGUGGCUGGACUGUAUUUCAGCACAGGCGUGAUGGGUCAGUGAGUUUUAACCGUGGCUGGGUGGAAUACCGAGAUGGUUUCGGUGAACCACGAGGAGAACACUGGCUUGGUAACCAUCAAGUUCACAUGCUCUCCAACCAGGGUCACUACAGCCUCCGUAUUGACAUGCAGGACUGGAGCCACGUCCACAGGCACGCCUCGUAUCAGUCUUUCAGAAUAGACAAUGAGGAGAACCAGUAUCGGCUCCAUGUUUCUGGUUUCAGUGGGACAGUGGAGGAUUCCUUCGGCUGGUAUCACGACCAACACGGUUUCAGCACACCAGACACAGGGAACAUCUGUGCUGAGAUCAGCCACGCCGGCUGGUGGUUCCACCAAUGUUUCUAUGCCAACCUCAAUGGAGUUUACUACAAGGGUGGCCGAUACUCUUUGAGGGCUCACAACCUGCUGGGACCAGAUGGCAUCGUCUGGUUUUCCUGGAAGGAUUCAGACUUCUACUCUCUGAAGGCGGUCACCAUGAUGAUCCGACCACGCAGCUUCAGACCUCUGUCGCCAUAGUGAUGAGGCAUUUUCAUCGCAGCUUUUUAAGAAAACUGCCAAAUGUACUAACACCAACAUAUUAUGAUGCUGCUAACAGUAAUUUUCACUUUAAAGACUAUUUUAUAAAUGUAAAAAGGGACAGCCUGUUCUAAUUAAAUAAUUAUUGAACUGUUUUAUAUUUACUCAGAGGUUUUAAUAUUAUGGUUUGGUAGAGCCAGGCUUUCCUAAUGACCCAUGUUGGUCUGAUGGAAAGAUGUUUCCCUGAAUAGUUAUUUUAAUUUCCAUGCCAAUGACUAGAAUGAUUUCAUUACAGUGGAUCUCAUUUCUUAAAGAAUAUCUGCCAAGAUUUAGUUUACUUAUUUAUACUUUUGUUACCUGCAACUGAAUAAACAGAUCAGAUACAUUGCAUUCAUGUUUAUACAUAAUGUAUAUUAUUUUUUUAUUGAAGUAGGGUGGAAACUAAGUGAGACUGUUUAGCAGAAACUAGCUUUUCAGCUCAAUGAUUUCUGUGCAUGAUGCUUAAAAUACACCACUGCCACAUGCUAACCUGAUAAUACUGAAUAACUGAGGUUUAAAGAGUUUUUUAUCAUUUUUCCUUUUGGUCAACUUGUCUUGUUUCACUUAAAUCACCAACAUCAACGCAGAGUAGCCAACUUAAUUCUAACUUCAUCUACAUACCUUCAUAGAAACAGAACUCUAUCAAACAGACACAAACACCACACUGAUCAUACAUUUCUUUAUUACUUACAGGUAUUAACUGGAACAUCUACAGAACUUUUCAGAGUCAUCAUGUGAAUUCAGGCAGGUUGUUAACUUAGUCGUGCAGCCUGUAAAGGUGAACUCCUUCAGGCAUGACUCUACAAACAGAUGGUACCAUGAGGUCAGUCAGUCUUGGUGCUGUCAUUGUGUGUUUGGGGUGGUUUUUCCUCAGGUAGCUGGACUGACUAAUCUCAGGAGAGGUACAGGGUUUAUGUGGGGCGCUCCCUUGGGCGGGUGACGUACUGCCACCACAGAGGGGGGAG